UUCAAAACUAUCACAAGAUGGAGCACAAGAAUCAUAUUGCUUCAAUCACUACUUCUUCUCGACCUCUUGCAAAUUUUCACCCAAAUGUAUGGGGAGAUCGCUUCCUAGUCUACUCUCCACAACCAUGCAAGGAUGGUGAGAAGGGAUUGGUUGAGAAGCUAAAAGAGGAAGUGAAAGUAGAGCUUAAGGAGGCAUCAAACGACAUCAUAGGGCUACUAAAAUUGGUGGAUGCAAUACAAAGAUUGGGCAUUGAGUAUCACUUUGAAGAGGAGAUCGAUCAAGCUAAAAUGCAAGUUAAUUACAUCUUGUGGUGGAAAGAUUUGGAGGUUCCAACAAAGUUAUUUUAUGCGAGAGAUCGAAUGGUGGAGUGCUACUUUUGGAUAAUGGGAGCCUAUUUCGAACCAAAAUAUGCUAAGGGUAGACACAUUACAACCAAAAUGAUUGCAAUAGCAUCGCUGUUUGAUGAUACCUUCGAUGCCUAUGCUACUUUUGAAGAAUUGGAGCUCUUCAUGGUAGCAAUUGAAAGGUGGAGCAUGUCGUGUUUGGAUGAAAUUCCGGAAUAUAUGAGAGGUUUUUACAAGGCGCUAUUGGAAGCCUUUGAAGAUAUUGAGGAAUAUAUGAUCAAAAAGGGGACUUUGUAUCGCCUUGACUAUGGAAUUGAAGCAAUGAAAGUGAUGGCUCGAGACUAUUUUACUGAGAUUAAAUGGAGGGAAGAAAAGUACAAACCGAAGAGCGAGGAGUACAUGCAUGUUGCAACGGCUAGCUCGGCUUAUACUUCACUAAUAAUUUGCUCAUUUCUUGGAAUGGGAGAUUGUGUGACAAAAGAAGCAUUCGAAUUCGUGCUAUCUUUGCAAGAUAUUGUGAAAGCUACCUUAAAUAUUUGCAGGCUCACUGAUGAUAUUGUGGGACAUGAGUUUGAGAGGAAAAGAGAGCACAUACCAUCUAUGGUGGAGUGCUACACAGAGGAGCAUAACAAAUCAAAGGAAGAAGCUGUUGAUGAAUUGCUAAAACGGAUUGAGACAGCAUGGAAGCUCAUAAACGAGGCCUUUCUCAAACCAACUAAAAUUCCGACCCCUCUACUUACUCGUAUUCUCAAUUUCGCCCGUGUGAUUGAGGUUAUUUACAGCAAGGGCGAUUGGUACACACAUGUAGGUCCUGAAAUGCAAAAGCUCAUCACUCAACUUCUCAUCGACCCCGUCCCGUGAAAUUGGGCUGAUUUUCGGGGCAGUACUGUGGAUGCCCUUAUGGUGACUCGUUUCGUGUUGAAUUAAAAUAAAUUAUGUUGGUUAUUUUUAAAGAGUGUACUCUACGUGCUAAUUAAGUAACGUGUAUAUUAAUAAUGUAAUGUAUGUAUUUGGUGAUGUAUUAUGUAAUAAAAGAGUGUUCUUUGUGUGGUAAAAA